CGGCCCGGCCCGAGCCUUGCUCCGCGCAAGGGUAACGUGCCGCACGAUUCCCGUUUUCCCCGUCUCCCACACUUCUCCUCUCUGACCACAGCACACACGCAACACCGGGACGGGCGAUCCGGAAGGUUCUGGAACCUUCUAGAGGCUCGUAGGAGCCUCCGGCGGAACCCCUCUCGCCUCGCCUCGCCUCCGAUGGGCUCGAAGCCGCCGCCGCCGCCGCAGCCCAGCGUCUCCUUCAAGCUCGUCCUCCUCGGCGACGGGAGAGUAGGCAAAACAUCUCUUGUGCUGCGGUAUGUGAAUGAUGUCUUCUCAGACAAACAGGAAGCAACUGUUCAAGCUUCAUAUUUGACAAAGCGCCUUGUUGUUGAAGGUGUGCCUAUUACGCUCUCUAUCUGGGAUACAGCUGGACAAGAGAAGUUCCAUGCACUAGGCCCUAUAUACUAUCGUGAUGCAGACGCUGCUCUUUUAGUAUAUGACAUCACAGACAAUGAUACUUUUCUUCGUGUCACAAAGUGGGUGAAAGAGCUUAAGCAAAUGGCAAAUAAAGAUAUUGUUAUGGCCAUUGCAGCAAAUAAAAGUGACCUGGUUAGAUCAAAACACAUAGACACUAAUGAAGCAGCAAGCUAUGCAGAAAGUAUUGGGGCAACUCUCUUUGUUACUUCUGCCAAAGCUGGUACUGGGAUUGAUGAUAUCUUCAGUGACAUAGCCAAGAGAUUAUUAGAGAGAAGAAAAAACAGCUCCGAUGGCUUGUCACUGGCUCAUCCAAAGAAAGGCAUUUUAAUCGUCGACGAUGAACCUGAGAAAGAACCUCCACCAAAGUGCUGCUCAUAGCGAGAUUCCAAUGCAAAUCACGUGGGCAUAAUGUCAUAGAAACCUGCAAUUGAUAUGUGAAGGAUCAAAUCCUUGCAUUAACUUUGCUCAUGCUCUUUUGGAGCUCAGGAGCAAUGCAAGUGUAUACUGGUUGAUUAUUUUUAGCUUGUGUAAAUACUAAACUCAGUUCAUGAAAUUGUUGUCAAAUAUAGUUGUUCGAUGAUGACGAUUCGAUAUGCCGAAGAAGUUCAUGGCCCUUUGUAUAUCUGUAACUCACAGGUUGCUUAUUUACUAGCUGUUGUUUUGAGGGGGUUAUUUUGAUCAUGUGCGUCGAAAUAAUUGUGUCGUGUUGACUGCUGAGUGUACAUGUAUCGUGGUUAUUCCAUCUGAACCUGCAAUGUAAAGCUUCCGUCCCAAUUCCCAA